UACUUGAACCAGACAGUGCCGGGGUCAGAUGCUGAACAUCGGGCCCAGAAACUCCUGAGUCGGUUUUUGGCGGAGGAAACAGCGGAGAAAGAGAUGUUCAAAGGCUACCGUAGAAGAGUUAGAUUCUAUAUUGGAGAAGAACACGACCAAACCAUUGAACAAGUUGACGAAAAGCUCCUGUCCUACCCAUCACGCUUCAUUGCAGAGCAGCUGACUUUUAUGGAUGCUGAUCUUUUUCGGAAACUUGUGCCCAGCCAAUGUUUAGGGUCCAUCUGGUCUCAACGAGGGAAGGAAGAAAAACAGCAUCUGGUAUCAACCGUCCAGGCCACCAUUACACAGUUCAAUAAUGUUACAAAAUGUGUCACCAGCACCAUAUUAAGACCUCAACAGCUGAAACCACGGCAGAGGGCUAAAAUCAUUGAGAAAUGGAUUGAUGUUGCCCAGGAAUGUAGGACUUUGCAGAAUUUCUCGUCAGUGCAUGCAAUUACCACGGCAUUGCAUAAGAUAACAUUUGAAGACCUUUCAAACAAUGAAGAAGAUAACUUUAUAGCAAGUAGAGAGCUGCUAAUGGAGGAUAUAGUUCAGGGAAUUGUGCCGUACCUGGGAACUUUCUUAACAGAAUUUUCAGCGCUGGAUUCGGCUUUCCCGAAUUACCAUUCAAAUGGCUUGAUCAACUUUGACAAGAGACAAAAAGAAUAUGAAAUAAUUUUGGGUAUCAAAUCCCUGCAGUUUGCUUGCUCAUCUUACACCCUUCGUCCAAACGAGAAUUUUCUAGACUUGUUCUUUAUGCAACAAUACUUAAGUGAGGAUAGCGAGUACGUAACUGGUAUUGUAGGAGUGUGCAGCUCCUCUGAACUCGAGAAACCGCCAAAGCCCAAAAAGAGUGUGUUUAAACGCCUCAGCUGCCUGUUUUCAAGGAGUGGUGUUAAAGUACACAACACUCAAACUAAAAGCUCUGAGCAGCGAGCAACCCUUCAGAAUGAGGAUUCAGACGACAGCAUUACCGCAGCCAGCAUUUUAUCUGAUUCCGGCCACUUGGAAAUGGAAGAGCCGAGCGCUUCGCAAAAAGCGUCAGAAAAGUCAUUAAAAUCCAUGGAUACUGUCUCCUCUGGAGGUUUAUCCAACAGUGGUGCACCAGCAAAACCAAAUUAUGACACAGCCAAGUCUGAAUUGUAG